AUGAACAGGAUUGUCAUCAUAGAUGUCUCUGAUUGUCAUCUACCUAACAAUAUUGAUGCGAGCGCAAAGAGCGAGGUGGCCGUCAAAUCAAACUCGGCCCUUGCCCUUCUUUGGGAUUCUCGUAUCUCUUUUAGUCUUGGAGAACCUCCCACAAACACUGCCCUGGUACAGCACCCUAAAGUGAUAGUCACCCCUCAUCUCGGGGCUAGCACAGUGGAAGCACAGGAGAGGGUAGCUUGUGAGAUCGCUGAACAGUUUGUUGAUGGUGUCAACGGAAAGUCACUGUUUGGAGCGAUCAAUGCCCGUGCUCUGUCCAACGCCCUAUCACCUGAGACGAAACCAAUGGUAUCGUUAGGUCAAGGGUUGGCCGUCGUAGCUUCAUCACUCGCCAAAGGACAGCUAAAUGCCGCCACCUUCCAAGUCACUACAUAUGGUCCAUCAUUGGCGAAAGCUGGUUCGUAUUUGAAGGCUGCCGUCUCUGCUGGGAUACUUCGAGUGCAGACCGGGGGUAACAACGUCAAUCUAGUCAAUGCAGAGCCUCUCCUAGCUGAACUAGGAAUAGAGAUCAUGGUGAACCAUGAGGAUGCAGCCCCGGCCAAUAGCAAGGCUUCCGUUGCCGUCACCAUCACCGUGGGCGGGAACCCCCACAGACUGGGCGGAGCCGUGUUUGGUACCAGCCCUCAGCUUGUUGAGAUUGACAGUGCGACCUUUGACACCGGUUGCCCCCUGUCUGGUAACUGGUUGCUUUACAGGUCGCAGAAUGCUGCUGCUUCGCUAGCCGCUAUUGCAGGUGCCCUUGGAGAAAAGAACCAGCUCCUUUCCUUCUCGUCCAGUGCCCCGACCAACGGCGAAUCUUGGAGUGUCCUCAAGCUGGCCUCGCCACAGCCAGGAGUCGAAGGUCUAAAUGGAGCCGUGUCCAGUGCCGUCUCUUUUACCAUCUAGAACAAAAGAAUUUCCCAGAAUACCUCACAAUCUGCUGCAUCCCACCAUCCGUAUCCAAGUCACAUCAGACGAUGACCAUCAACUUGGCAACCACAUAGAACUUCAAAUUGGCAACACACAACACAAAGGAAGUGAUUCCUCGUUGUUGUUUUAUUCUGAUAUCAUAGAGUUGUUCAUUUCUGCCCUUUCCCCCUUCUCACCAAAUCAUCCAAAUAUAACAUUCACCACUAUGAGAAGUUUAUAGUCUUUUAGGAAAAAGUACUCUUAUGCAGAACUUUUGGUUAAUGCCUGUUCCAGUUAGAGUUAUCUUAUCAGUUAUAUAGUCUUAAUUUAUUCCUCUGCUGAAAGCUUUAGUUGGUGCUCUAUGUAGUUAACUUAGACGUAUUUGAAAUAUUUCCCUUUUUAUUCUAGUCUGGGUGUAGACGUGGGGGCAUCGUGGUCUGUUGGUUACGACUCUUGUCUUUCAAUCAGAGGGACAUGGGUCCUUUAAUUCAAGAGUUGAAGGUGAAACGUCAUGCUGCGAAAGAAAAAAAAAUAAAAUCAAUAUCAGUGUGAUUGUACCGUAGACGCUUUUCAAUAUUCUUUCCUUAAAGCAGGAUUUUAGGUAUGAAAACUUCAAAUCAGCAGAAACAAAAAUUUAGAAGCCAACAAUAGUACCUGAUUGUCAUUGCUUGAUUGUUUUGGUUUCAGGACAUGUUGCCAAUUUGAUAGAUAAAAUACUCCUCUGGUUCGUUAUUCAUUCCAUACUGCAUAGUGAUUAGACUGAAAUAGUGAUUUGACAAAGAACAAACAAAUUAUUAUUCUCUUUUUUAAAUCUAGAAGAAAUUUGAGGGUCUAAUGACUGUCAGAACAAUUUACAUGCAUUAUCAUGUAUAAAUAUGUAAAUUUCAUCAUGUACAAUGUUUGGAAUUUGAAAAGGUGAUUUCAAAUUUCAUUUUGUAAUUUUAUCAACAAUAGCAGUAUUCAGGAAUGUCAUUAAAUUGGCAGAUGAUCAUUAUGUGUAUUUACUUGUGCCACUUAAGAAUAUGAUCAUCGUUAUUAUGUGUGCGUACUUGUACUUGUAAUCAUAAAUGAUAGCUGUGAUACCAAACAAAUUGAUUUGUGCAAAUAGUUUUAUUACGCAUCAUUGACUAGCCUCCUAUCAUUUUGGAAAAUAUUUCUUGUCUUGUGUUCUAUCCAAGGUGAGAUUUGUAUCUAUUUGUUUUGUUUUUCUUUUGAUUUUGAAACUGAGGGGAUAGGUAGGUCUUUGAAGAUCAAGAUCUGAGUUAUUACAGUAGUGAAUGCAAUGAUGAUUUAAAGACAAUAAUUGAUUCCAUCCAAUCGAAGCCAUUGAUUUAUUUUCUUUGUUUUCACCAGUCAUGCAUUAAUAGAAGCCUGAUGUGUGAAUAUAAUUUUGAAUUCAUUCGACUUCUCAGCGAUUGUUAGGACAGAGUUUGUUUUAACACAUUGUGAACUUUUUAUAUGAUCAACUAUACUACACACUCCAGUGAGACGUGCCACUUCUUUUCUAUUUUUAGGCAAAAUCAGUCCUUUUCUUCAUUUGAAAAUGUUGUGAGGUGUGAUUUGUUCACUAAAGUCACCCAACUCCGCCAUCAUUCUCAUUACCAUCUCCGGCAUUAGCAGAUCAAGGAAUUCCACAAUGAAGGAGAUUAUUUCUAGAAAUGGUUCACUCUUGAACAAUUUUCCACUCUCUGCCAUGUUUUUAUGCACCACCUCUUAUCUGCCAAAAAGUUGAAUAUGUUGCAACAAUUUUACAGAUAUGUUCCUGUUGAUGGUGUGUACUAACAGGGGUCAAUGUGUUUUCUAGUGUUUUGUCCUUCCUCCUUUGUGUGGACAGAAAACCACAAUACUACUUUGGUAGUAAAUUUGUAUCGGAGUACUUCAAGCUAAUCACGAGGACAAGACUUUCAUGAAAGUUCUACUUCGUCAGUUUUCUCAAUUGACUCGCAAUUGAAAUUAUGCAUAAAGGAUUGUAUACGAUAGUAGAUUGCCACAAUAUCUGAACUUGCUUCUAUGUGAGAAGUCAAGUUUUCUUGGUUACUUUUAAAGUUCAUGAUUAUACAUUUGUGCAUAUUAUUACAUUGCAGUGCAGCUGUGUUAUAAUUUCCAGUGCAUUCAUAAGUGGUCUGUACAAUGAAACGUUACCAAAUGCCUAUUAAAGUAUGGUUUGGCUCAAAGUCUCUCAUUAUAAAAAUA